AUGUCUAUGAAAUUAAGAGAUCUUAUUAAGACUGUUCGUAGUUGUAAGACUGCUGCAGAAGAGCGUGCACAAAUUGCAAAGGAGUGUGCUGCUAUUCGUACUGCUAUCAAGGAAGAAGAUGUUGAAGCAAGACAAAGAAAUGUAGCUAAAUUACUUUACAUUCAUAUGUUGGGAUACCCAACUCAAUUUGGUCAGAUGGAAUGUCUUAAAUUGAUUGUUUCACCAUCCUAUUCUGAUAAGCGUAUUGGUUAUCUUGGUUUAAUGUUAUUAUUGGAUGAAAAGCAAGAAGUACUUUUACUUGGUACUAAUUGUAUGAGAAAUGAUUUAUUAAGUCCAAAUCAAUUUGUUGUUGGUAUUUCACUUUGUGCAUUGGGUAAUGUUUGUUCACAAGCAAUGGCAAGAGAUAUUGCACCCGAUGUUGAAAAGUUACUCACCAACACCAACCCAUACAUUAGAAAAAAAGCUGCAUUGUGUGCCAUUAGAAUUCUUAAAAAGGUGCCAGACUUGAUUGAAAACUAUAUGCCAAAGAUCAAAGCACUAUUGUCUGAACGUAACCAUGGUGUCAUUCUAACUGCUUUGACUUUAAUCAUUGAAAUUUGUGAAAUUGAUCCAACUCAAAUUGAACAAUUUAAAAAGAUUGUACCACAAUUGGUUAGAAUUUUAAAGACAUUGGUACAUUCUGGAUAUUUACCAGAACAUGAUGUAUCUGGUAUUACUGAUCCAUUCCUACAAGUCAAGAUACUCAGAUUAUUACGUAUACUUGGAGAACACGAUCCAGAGACAAGUGAUAUUAUGAAUGAUAUGUUGGCUCAAGUUGCCACAAACACUGAAGGUUCAAAGAAUGUUGGUAAUGCUAUCCUCUAUGAAUGUGUACAAACGAUCAUGUCGAUCGAAUCGGAACGUGGUCUCAAGGUUAUGGCCAUCAACAUCUUGGGUAGAUUCCUUUUGAAUCGUGAUAACAAUAUUAGAUAUGUAGCAUUAAAUACCUUGUCAAAGGUUGUCAAUACAGAUAUUCAAGCUGUUCAAAGACAUAGAAAUACUAUCGUUGAUUGUCUCAAGGAUCCCGACGUAUCCAUUAGAUGUAGAGCAUUAGAUUUAAUUUAUUCAUUGGUUAAUGAAUCAAAUAUUAGAGUACUUGUUAGAGAAUUAUUAAACUUUUUAUUGAUUUCAGAUUCUCAAUUUAAACCAGAAUUGGUUGCUAAACUUUGUAUUGUUACUGAAAGAUAUGCACCAAAUAAAAGAUGGCAAGUUGAUACUAUAUUAAGAGUAAUGUCAAUUGCUGGUAACUUUAUUCCAGAUGAAGUACCAUCAAAUUUGGUUCAAUUGAUUUGUUCGACUCCAGAACUUUCAUCAUAUGCCGUUCAAAAAUUAUAUCUUUCCGUUCAAAGUGAUCUCACUCAACAACCAUUGACUCAGGUUGCUCUCUGGUGCGUCGGAGAGUAUGGUGAUCUUUUGGUUGCUGAUAAAUCACAGUUGCCAAAGGAAGAGGAAGGUUUGGCUUUGAAUGUCAAUGAAGGUCAAGUCGUUGAUCUCAUUGAAGCUAUUCUUAAAAACUCUUCAACCAAUCAAACUACUCGUCAAUACGCUUUAACUGCUUUAAUUAAACUUUCAUCAAGAUUCUCUCAAUCUAUUUUAGGACGAAUUAAAUCAAUGAUUGACCAAUUCAAGAUUCAUAUAAAUUUGGAACUUCAACAACGUGCUUGUGAAUAUUCAAGUUUGUUUGCUAUGGAUUUAAAGACAUCGGUUUUGGAUAGAAUGCCAGCUGUCGAAAAGACAGAGGAAUCUCCUAUGCCACCAAAACCAACUUAUGGUACAAACACUCCAUCACCAUCUCAAGGUAAUGGAAAUGUUGGUACUCCAAAUCAACAUAAUAACAACAGUGCUAAUAAUAAUAGCAAGUUUGGUUCACUUUUGGAAGAUCUCAACUCACCAGCUCCACAACAACAACAACAACAACAACAAUCUGGCACAUCAAACAUGUCAUUGUUGGAGGAUAUUUUUGGUCCUGCUCCAACUGCUCAAUCACCACCAUUUGGUAGUUCAAAUGGAAAUAAUAGACAGCAACAACCACAACAGUCGGCAUCAUCAUUACUUGGUUUAAUGGGUGAUUUAACUGUAUCACCACAACAACAAGCAUUACAACCACAAACUCAACCAUUCUCUUGUCCAGCCUAUAACAAACAUGGUCUAAACAUUAAUUAUGAGUGUAGUAAGCCACAAGCCGAGCAACCACAAAUGACCCUCAUCGUCAUGCAAGUGUCCAACUCUAACUCUUCACCCGUCACUAACCUCUCGGUCAAGGCUGCCGUUCCACCCUAUCUCAAGAUUCAACUCUUGCCACCAAGUGGUACUACCGUUCCACCCAAUGACAGUGGUGAGGUUACUCAAAGCGUAAAGAUCUUGAAUACUGUCCACGGUCAAAAACCAGUUCUUCUCAGAUUAAAAUUGGAUUUCACUCUUAAUGGUCAAACUAUUAGUGAAAUUACUGAUACUCCUUUACCAUCUCAAUUUUAA